CCGCCCCGUCAUUGUCCCCGUCGGUCUCCGUUUCCCUCCCGUCCGUCCUCAGCGCUUUGAGAGUCGCUGGCCUCCCCCGCUGCCCCGCGCCUCUCCGCCUUCGGUGGGCCAGCCUCGCGAGCAAGAUGGAGGGCUGCCUGGGGGAGGAAUCUUCUCAGAUGUGGGAGCUCAACCGGCGCCUGGAGGCCUAUCUGGCGCGGGUCAAGGCGCUAGAGGAGCAGAACGAGCUGCUCGGCGCGGAGCUCGGCGGCCUCCGGGCGCAGAACGGGGACGCCUCGUGGAGGGCCCGUGCCGACGACGAGCUGGCGGCCCUGCGGGCCCUCGUCGACCAGCGCUGGCGCGAGAAGCACGCGGCCGAGGUGGCGCGCGACAACCUGGCGGAGGAGGUGGAGGGCGUGGCGGCCCGGUGCCAGCAGCAGCGGCUGGCGCGGGAGCGGGCGGCGGCCGAGGCGGCCCGCAGCCGGCGCGCGGCGGAGGCCGAGCGGGGCGCCCGGGCGCGGCUGAGCUCGCGGGCGGCCGAGCUGGAGCGCGAGCUGGAGGCCGCGCGCGCGGCGCACGAGGAGGAGCGCGCCGCCCUGAGCGCGCGGCCGCGCGCCCCCCGCCGCCCCGCCGCGCCCCGCGGGCCCCCCGCGCCGGCGCCCGAGCUGGCGGAGCUGGCGCGGCGGCUGGGGGCGGCGUGGCGCGGCGCGGUGCGCGGCUACCAGGAGCGCGUGGCGCGCAUGGAGGCGUCGCUGGGCCAGGCCCGCGAGCGCUUGGGGCGCGCCGUGCAGGGCGCCCGCGACGGCCGCCUGGAGCUGCAGCAGCUGCAGGCGGAGCGCGGCGGCCUCCGGGAGCGCCGGGCGGCGCUGGAGCAGAGGCUGGAGGGCCGCUGGCAGGAGCGGCUGCGGGCCACCGAGCAGUUCCAGGUGACCGGGGGGCGCGGGCGGGACGGGGCGUCGGGGCGGGCCCCGCGGGGCCCAGGGCACGGCACCGGACGCGGGGGGUGGAGGUGCUGCCGAGUCGGGGCCCGCUGCCCGGAAAAGCCGUCCUGGGGCCAGAGGCCCUUGACUUUCCCAACUUUGUCUGGAGGAGGGAGGGCGCGGCGGGGGCUCGGGGCCCUGCCAAAGCACGGCCCCCGGGAGGGCAGCGGGGCGCCGGAGCCGCGGCCGCCUCCUCACUGUCUGGACGGCCCCCGGCGUCCCCCUGGGCUCUGCUGUCGCUCAGAAGAUGCGCAGGACACCGCUACCUCCCAUCCCCCGCGCCCCCGCAGCGCGGAGUCUGCCGCUCUGGCCGCCGCGCUCCUCCUCCCUCUGCCGGGGGCGGGGGGCGGGGGGGGACGGACCCUCCUAGAGGCCGAGAACUCCCGGCUGCAGACCCCCGGCAGUGGUGUCAAGGCUCCCCUCAGCUUCCAGGACCCUAAGCUGGAGCUGCAUUUCUCUGGGACCCCAGAGGGCCGGCAUCUGGGACCUCUGCUCUCUGCCCUGAGCCCUACCCCCCUCUCUUCGCCCUUGCCCGACACCCUAGAAACACCGGAGCCAGGCUUUCUGAAGAGCCAACAGUUCCUCCAGGCCCGUACCCCGACCUUGGCCAGCACCCCCAUCCCGCCCACACUCCUGGCUCCCUGCGCCGUUACAGAUGCAGAGAUCAGAGCCCAGGACGGCCCCCUCCCCCUGCUCCAGCCGCAGGUGGGGAGGCAGCGGGCUCCGGAGGCCAUGAGGGCUGAAGCCAAGGUGGUCAUCCCCACCGGCGUGCUGCCGGGGCCGGAGGAGCCCGGGGGCGAGCAACAGCGGGCCAGCACAGGCCAGUCCCCCUCGGCCCCACCCCUCAGCCCCGACCACCCUAGUUUAGAAGCCAAGGGUGAAGAACCCAGUGGGUCUGGAAUGUCCAGCAGAUUCCAGGAGGAAGGUGAAGGGCAAAUUUGGGGGCUGGCAGAGAAAGAAGCAGCCGUAGAGGUGAAAAUGGUGAAUGGUCUGCAGCAGGCAACACGGCAAGAAGAUGGGGGUCUGACCUUGGGAGAAACCCAGGACUCUCAGGUUCCUUUGGAAAAAGGAACUCUAAAGUCCCCAGAAAUGGAAAUUCAAGGGCCACUGACGUCCCUGGAAAAACAGACCCAGGAGCCAGUAGGGCCUCUCGAGAAGGAGGGUCCCGAGGAUCUGAGGCUGUUGGAAGAAGAGACUUUAGACGCAUCAAGAAGUCCAGGAAAGGAGAGUCAAGAGCCACUGAGGUCUUUAGAGGGAGAGGCUGUGGGCGUGGUGAGGCCUCUAGAGAAAGAGGUGCUCGGACUGCUGGAGCCCGGAGGAGACGAGGUCUCGCAGUCGCUGCAGUCUCUAGGAAAGGAGACUCGAGAGCUGCUGAGGUCUCUAGAAUAUGGGAAUCAAGAGAACUGGAGACCUCUAGGAAGAGAGAACCAGGAGCCAGUGAGGCCUCUAGAAAGAGAAAACCAGGAGCCAGUGAGGCCUCUAGAAGAAGAUCAGGAAACACUGAGACCUCUAGAAAGAGAGAACCAGGAGCCAGUGGGGCCUCUAGAAGAAGAUCAGGAGACACUGAGACCUCUAGAAAGAGAGAACCAGGAGCCAGUGGGGCCUCUAGAAGAAGAUCAGGAGACACUGAGACCUCUAGAAAGAGAGAACCAGGAGCCAGUGGGGCCUCUAGAAGAAGAUCAGGAGACACUGAGACCUCUAGAAAGAGAGAACCAGGAGCCAGUGGGGCCUCUAGAAGAAGAUCAGGAGACACUGAGACCUCUAGAAAGAGAGAACCAGGAGCCAGUGGGGCCUCUAGAAGAAGAUCAGGAGACACUGAGACCUCUAGAAAGAGAGAACCAGGAGCCAGUGGGGCCUCUAGAAGAAGAUCAGGAGACACUGAGACCUCUAGAAAGAGAGAACCAGGAGCCAGUGGGGCCUCUAGAAGAAGAUCAGGAGACACUGAGACCUCUAGAAAGAGAGAACCAGGAGCCAGUGGGGCCUCUAGAAGAAGAUCAGGAAACACUGAGACCUCUAGAAAGAGAGAACCAGGAGCCAGUGGGGCCUCUAGAAGAUCAGGAGACAUUGAGACCUCUAGAAAGAGAGAACCAGGAGCCAGUGGGGCCUCUAGAAGAAGAUCAGGAAACACUGAGACCUCUAGAAAGAGAGAACCAGGAGCCAGUGCGGCCUCUAGAAGAAGACCAGGCAACACUGAGGCCUCUAGAAAAAGUGAAGCUAGAGCCACUAAUGUCUCUUGGAAAAGACCAAGAGAUAUUUAGACCUCUUGAAACAGAGAAUCAACAGUUAUUAAGAUUUCUAGAAGGGAGCACAGAGGCCAUGCGAUCUUUGGAAACCGAGAACUUAGAGUCAGCACAGUCUGCAAGAGAAGACUUGGGAAUACUGCAGUCUCCAGAAACUCAAGAGCCACUCUGGUCUCUGGAAGAAAAGCAUCAGGAGACAAUGGAACCUCUAGAAAAGGAAAGUCAAGAACCACUGGAGUCUACGGAAGAGAGCCAGGAGUCCUGGAGAUCUCUGGGAGAGUGGAACCUAGAAAACUCGAGACCUCCAGAAGAGAAAGGUCAGGAAAGUCAAAGGUACCUGGCAGAGGAAGAGACCCUGGAGCAGACAGAGAAUCAGGAAUCCCCGGGGCCUUUGAAAGAGGAAGGGCAGGAAUGGCCACUGUCUGCCCCCCAGCAGGGGAGGCAAGAGAUGAUGGGGGACCAAACGCCGUAUCAGGAGAUGCCCCCUGGCGGGGCCGCAGCGGGCAAGGAGGCUGAGGCAAAGCUGGACGUGAGGGAGUGGGGUGACUUCACCGGGAAGUCUGGGGGCCCUGGAGCGCGGCAGCUGGCCACAGGGGAGGGAGGGAGCGCAGAUGCGGGGCACCCAGGGAGCCCUCAGCCCAAAGAGCAGAGGCUCCCAGUUGAGGCGGCCGGAGGGGAGGGAGGCACCGAGGGCUUCCUGGACCCUGCAGGGCAAGGGCCAGAGCAAGCGGGGCCCCCGGGCCUCCCAGCCCCCCAGGGCGUGUCAGAGGGGAGAGACCUGGCGUUGGAAGGUGGAGAGGAGGCCCUGAGCAGCAGCCAGGCCUCAGAGGGCCCCGAGGGGCUAGACACGGCUGUGGGGGUGGCUGCUGCGGGAAGCCAGCAGGGACCAGGGCAGGAGGCGGUGGUGCCCCCCGUGGGUGAGGGAGGUUUGGAGGCAGAGAGGACGCAGGGCUUGAAAGGGCUCGCAAAGGACCCAGAGGAGGCAGCUGCUCUGAAACCGGAGGCUUCCAGCCUGCCCGGCAAGAGCACAGACCCCCAGGAGCCUCCCAGGGGCCGGGAGGACUCAGAGCCUGAGGCCCCCUGGGGGGCAGAGGGGGGGUUCCCUGCCGAGAGCAAGGAUGGGCCCCUGGGGCCAGAGGAAGCAGGGGGAGGUGCGGAACUAGUGCAGGACCCCCCCAGCCCCAGGCCCACAGAGCCCGGGUUCCCCACCCUGAUCCCCGGAGAUGCCCCUGGAGAUGCCCCUGGACCCCAGCCCCUGGCUGAGUGGAGCCGCGAGGCCGGCUGGGGGUGGGAGGGCAGAGGGGAGGCUCUGGGAGGGGCGGAGGGGGCCCCCGAGGAUCCCCAGGAGGAGGGGGAGGAGAACCGAGAAGACAGCGAGGCCGAUGAGCUCGGAGAGACCCUGCCUGACUCCACUCCCCUGGGCCUCUAUCUCAGGUCCCCCGCCUCCCCAAAGUGGGACCUGCUUGGAGAGCAGAGGCUCUCCCCUCAAGGGGAGACCAGAAAGGAAGGCUGGGACCCUUCUGUCCUGGCCCAGCCCGGGGAAGAGGAGGGGGAGGGGGAGGAGGAGGAGGAAUGUGGUCAGGACUCUGACUUGUCGGAGGAAUUCGAGGAUCUGGAGGCGGAGGGUUCUCUCCUUCCUGGGGGCCCCGGGGAGGCUGUGGAGCCUCAGGGCCAGGAGCCCCAGCAGCUGCUGAAGCCUGCGGCCUGGGAAGGGGACGGGGAGUCCGAUGGGUUUGCAGAUGAGGAAGAGAGCGGGGAGGAGGGAGAGGAAGACAAAAUGGAAGAAGAGGGCAGGGAGCCCGGGGCUGGCCGGUGGGGCCUGGGGCCCUCUGUCAGCACCCUCCGGGCUCAGGGCGGCCCUCAGAGGGGGACCCUCCCGGGGGCUGAGAGCAUGGACGUUAGCGUCCCCUGGGGUGAUGGCCUGAGGGGCAGGGCUGAUGCCGGUGAGGAGUCCCAGGACAGCACGGAGCCCUCGGGCUCAGAGGAAGAGUCUGACCCUGUUCCCUUGGACAGAGAGGACCCAGUCCCCGGGGCUCUGGAAACCGGCGGGGGGGUGGAAGGCACCCGCCUGGAGGUUGGGGGCACCCUUGGUGUCAAUGGCCAGGUCCCCAGCUUGAAGGAGGAGUUAGAGCAUGUGAAUGGGGGGGUGGUAAACGGGCUGGAGCAGUCGGAGGGAGGAGGCCAGGGGAAACCGGGGGGCCCCCAGGGGGACCCAGGGAGCCCCUUGGAGGACGAGGAGGAGGGGGGUGCCCUGAAGACCGCUUGGGCAGGAGCUCCUCUCCACCUGGGCCCCGGCCAGUUCCUGAAGUUCGGUCAGCGGGAAGGAGACCUGGAGUCCUGGUCCUCUGGGGAGGACUAGGGAGAGAGCCCCUCCUCCCUCUCUGGGGACUUGCUGGGGUGGGGGUGGGGUCCCUGAGCACCCUCCCUGCCCAGAGGCAGCACCCUUAAGUUACGACCUCUUGACCUGUGGUUUCUGUCCCAGAGGCCUGGCUGGCCAGGGUGCAGCGGGGUGUGGCACGGGGGUGCCUUCCCAGAACCCCUGUGACCCCACAGAGGGGCCCCUCCUGCUGCCACUGCCCCCCAAGGCUUAACCAGCUGAACCCCCGUAGGACUAGCGCCUUUCCUUACAGCCCCCCUUCUCCCCCGCCUGCCAGUGGCGGGGGACUCCUCCCAGGCGAGGGGCUGUGGCAUCUCCGCCACAGGGGCCCCCAUCACACCUUCUCGGGGUGUCUGGCCACCGGCUGAGGGUGUUCCGUGUCCUGAGCCCCUGAGUUCCCGCCGCGUCAUGUCUGACUCAUCCCCGCCCGAAUAAAGUCAUGUUUCCACCUACAAA